AUGAUUUCAGAAGCGGCAUCUAUAAUUUAACAAACUUAUUUUAGCCCUAUCUUGAAUAAUAUGGUUUCUACUGUUGCAUGACAAAAAACAUGAAUUUUAGGUCACUUUUGCUGAUAUCUUAAUUUUGCUAAGUGGUGAUGGAGUUGGUGAAUGAAGAAGAUGUCAAAGAACUAGUCAAGGAAGAGCUUUCAAAGCUGGGCAUCCUUGACUCGCCUGUUCUGACUGACAUCAAGAAGCAAGGCUAUGGAGCUAAAUUACUCGGCAGAACUGGUGUGGCCCCAGCUAACAAAAAUGUCAAGAAUAAGAAGAAAGAACAUGAUUUGUCCAAGGAGAGCCCUGUGGCUCCAAAACAUGAUGGUUUCCGCAAUAACCCUAAAUCCCCAUUUUCCAAAAACAGAAACAGCACAAAAAAGAAGAACAUGGUGCUUCAAAAUAAGGUGUUUGGAGUUGGUUUGUCACAGUCACCUCAAUGCAAGGCCUCCCUGCCUGAUGGCAACUGCGUACAAGUGCCUCAGUUUCUUGUUGACAGCUGCAAUGUCUUGAGGAAACACAUUACCUUGGAAGGCAUCUUCAGGAAAGCUGGAUCCUCAUCUCGACAGAAUGAAAUCAAGAGACUGGUGGAUAGUGGGGCAGGUUUGCCCAGUAAUAUACAUGCAGUGGACGCUGCUUGUCUCAUUAAGCAGUUUUUUCGAUGCCUUCCCCAGCCUAUUCUUGAGACAUCCGUACACACUCGUAUGCUCAGAUGUCUGCUGACGCUGGAGGAGGGAGAGCCGCGUGUGGCAGGGCUGGUGCUGUGCUCGCUGCUGCUGCCGUCACCCAGUCAGCACUGCCUUGUAUAUUUCCUCAAUUUCCUGAACGAGAUAGUGCAAGAGAGCAGCAGUAAUCGCAUGGACGCGUACAACCUGGCCGUUGUCCUGUCACCCAACCUGCUCCCCAUGACCCUGAGCCACCCCACCCUUACGACCAACCCUACCAACAACCCCACCGGCUGUAGGAAGUCUAAGUUCGAUGCUUCUGCUAUCACUGAAGACAACAUCAUUGCUGCUAACAUCGACAUAAUGCAGGAGCUGAUCAAGCACCAACAUCGCAUGUGUCGGGUCCACGUAGACGUGUGGUCAAGCCUCUUGCAGGAGCAGCAGCUGCGCGCGUCCGCGCCUAACGAGGCGCAGGACGCCACUGACGGCCCGCGGGUUGCUAUAGCAGCACUGCCUAAGAACAAGAAGCGGAGAAGUGCUUCCAUUCAUCGUUUGAUGUCUGGUCUCCGUCGUGUGGUGGGGGCCCAAGCUGCUGCUGCUCUCCCUGAACAUCUUCCCAUUAACACCAACUCCCCCCAUCCCCUCCAACAACAUCGUAUCACCCGACACACUUCUUCCCCACCUCCACAUUCUCGAUCCACCAGCUUAGCUCCCACCAAUCGUCACCCAUAUCGUCUCCCCGCCGUAUCUUCCCCACCACAUCUCUCCAUAGCCGGCCGCGUGCAAAUUGCAUCUUCCCCAUUACGAAGCCCAUCUCGUCUCCCCAUAGUUCCUUCCCCAGUGCUGCUCUUCUCCCCUAGUCACGCCAAGCCGAGCCUUCAUCCCCUUGGGGAUGGCAUUCCUCUCCGGCUGCGGAGUCCUGGCAAGCGGAAGAGCAGCGUACUGCUCUCCAGUGGAGAGAUCCACGAUGAAGACCUGCCGAAGAAGAAAGCUCGUCUGGGAGCAGCGCCCAUGGAGCGCUCUGGCACAGCUCGACUCUCCUACGCGGCCGCCGUCGCGGCGUCCCCUAAAAUGCCUCCACCUCAGGUUCAGCCGGCCACGGCGGUCGUCAAAGUUCGACGCUCGGCAACUACACGGGAAUCCUCAAGCGGCAUUCGUCGGUCGUCAUUCGCACGUCACCCCAGCCUUGGUGUCUUCAUUGAGCCUUCGCUGUCCUCAAGCAAAAAGUGUUCACCACGUCAACGCCGAUCACUCAAUUCGAACUUAGGCGAGAUGCUGGUAGGCAUUGGCGAGAAAUGGAUCGUCAAGUCCGAUAAAAUGAUUGAGCCUAAGCCUAAAAAAAAGCCAACGCUAGUGCUAUACCCUUACGCCUCAGACGAAACACCUAUCGCUUCAUCAGCUCCAAUCACAAGUCAACGAUGUCUGGCAGAUGAAACAAAGAUAAAGGGUGUUGAAACAAAUAUCGAAGUUAUGAGUGGUGAAAUACAACCGCUUCUUUUGUACAAGAGCAAAAGCGAAAUUAUUUCUCGCAGCUCUGAGCAACAAUCGGUUUCUCGGACGCCUCUCAAAGUGAGCAAAGCAGAAGACCACGUCAAGUUCCAGACAACUCCAAGCAUAGAUUCAUCCAUGAAGUUUACUGCUGCCACUCCUAACAGAGACCAAUUAGAGAUCCCCGCUACGCCGGUUAGUGAGGGAUUCACUCCUCGCCAGAGUUCAGGUCGUUGUAGCAAACGGGCUCGACGUAAAGCUCGCAACGCCCGCCUCGCGCUGCAGUCAGAGCUUGACGGGGAGUCCGAUACUCCAAGCCGACCCUCCCCUUACGUUGAGCCUGCUGAGACUAAGCAAACUUCGCGCGACUCUCCAGUCGUUGUAGAACCCCCGGCGAGAGGCGGAAGCGAUUUAGUGACUCUAGAAAGUCAGUAUGAAACCAUCAAAGGUGCGGUGGAGACUUUGGAGAAGCAAAUGGACGACGCUGCUUUUGAUGAACUCAAACGAUCCUUGUUUGGGGAUGAAGAAAUAACCUCCAUCGCUUCCCUAAAUCACAAUGAAAUCAUUCAGAGUGCGUACGAUCGAAUGAAGAAAGAAAGCAGUUUGCUUGGCAUAAGUCCAUCUGAAAAUUUGUCACGACGGUUAGACCGGGAACUGAAGAUCCGUAGACGGAGAAGCGGAGAAAAUUGUGUUGUUCGGUCACCGAGCGCCCGUAAAAUUGGGACAAUCCGUAGACGGUCAAAAGAAUUGGUAGUUAAAAGCCAGCAAGGGUGCACUUCAGUCGAGGUUCCAACUGACCUCAAGGGUGCUCGCACUCCACGUCUGAAGGAAGCGCUGCUUAAGUCUCCGCUAUCGCAUUCUUUGAAACGUGGCCGACCCAAUUCAGUGCGUUGCGGCCUUCCCUUCGUUGUGCGUCCUAUGGAAGCUGAUGUUUCUGUAGUAAAACCUCGCAAAGACACGCCCCCACUCUCAACACAGUCCACUCUAGUAAAUGCAAAUGUUGAACCAUCCACUCCCAACCUUUCAGGUAACCCCGAAGAACUUCAAUAUAAGCUCAGUCCUGGAAAUAUGGAUGAUCAUUCCUUGCCUAGCGUCAUGCCGGGUGUUACUUUGAAUGAACUUUCAUCCGUUGAAAUGGAGAACGAACAUUGGGUAACUGCUUCAGAUUUCCUUGAAGAGGUCGAAAGUCAAAUUUGCAACGAGACCUCAGAAAGCGGAACUCCCUUAGGCAAACAGAAAGACGGUAAUCGCCCGUCCAUUGCUGCUCUCAAGAAGCAGAAGAAAGUUACAGCUAACGUGCAACUCUUCAACCAGCUGGGCUGCAAUACGCAGCAGCGACGGCAGUCUCGAGUGUGCGCCACUCCCAUGGGCGCCUGCCCUGCGUUGCCCAGACCUGCGGUGUCAGAACGACGUCAACAAAAUAGUUUAUCUCAACAACGAUCUCGUCCUCGUGCGUCUCUCACGCCUCGUCACUUCGCAAAUUGCAGUGCAUCGCGACGCCCCAGAAUGGUGGCCGUAGUUUCACCCCUCAAAGAAAACUUUGUCAAUGUCACACAUGUCACGGCGAUGCCCUCUGGUAAUUUCGAACAAAGCGUUUUCAAAACGCCACAACGUCCGCCUCCUGCCACCCCUAAGCGACCCAAAGGCCAUGUUAGCAUUACUCAUCUCUCGCUAGAGUCACCCGGGAGAGUUGAGCGUCAAUCAUCGUUCUGAUGCUAAUGAUUUGUUCUUUCCUGUCCGAUGAUAAGGAUUAAUUUUCUACAUAAUCAUGUCUGUGAUUAUUCAAAAUGUCUUUUAAGUGUACCUAUGCAUCCAAGAAAGUAAUCAUCACUAUGUCUGACCAUUGUUAUAUAUGUGAAUCGUGCCCGCGAACUUCACUUACUCACCAAACUGCACUUGAUGUUAUGCAGUUUACAUUGAACGAAGACAUGUAAAUAGGUUUUAUUUGCUUUCAUUGCUACUCAGGAGACAAGGCAUUCUGUCGGGUUACUUAAGCGAAUCGAAGACGAACUUAUUUAGCCCAAUUCAUUUUUUGUCGUUCAUGUAUUUCUAAGAUAUACCUCGUUUGCAUUCAAUGGAAGUUCGACACAACCACCUGUCAAAUACGUGUGAACUUCUAAUUUCGUAAGGUAUGACGUAUUCGGUCAAGUCAAACCUCUGAGAAAGACAUGCGCUAUAAAAGGACGUGCGUUAUGUCUGAAAGAAAGUUCCACAUCCAGAAAUUGUUUUUUCCCACGGUCAUACUCUGAAAAAAAGCUUUUAUGUUUAUUUUCUAAUAAUGUAUUACGUUCCAAAUUAAUUUAGAUUCUACUGCUUCUAUUGAUAUUUUUACGAAGUGACGUUGCUUUUAAUUUCUGUAGGUUUCUGUUUCUCCCGACCAUACCUACGAAUCCUUCAAUUGAUUUAAUGUGAUUUAUAACGAGGUCAAGAGGACGCGUCUACAUUUUCAGAGACUUGACUCUUGAAGCGGUUUUUGUUCAGUGUGUUUCUAGACGUUUAAUGUGUUUAACUAUAUAAGAAAAAUCUAAAUGGAAAGUUCAUUUGACAUGGAAACCGAUUGUUCUGAUGUACUUCGUUACAGGAACGUUUAUUCAGAAUUAUCAAGGUUUACUGAACGUAUUUGAGAUUCUUUCAGUAGCGUAAUCACUUCCCGCAUAACGGUAAGUGUCAAUUCAAGUGAAAAUUUAUCAACUCGAUCGAACGCUUCUCAUCGUUCAUCAGAACGUAUUCUGCUUAAUUUUAUCCAAAAGCUUCAAUGAAAAUAAUCGUCUAUGUCUCAAGUGGAAUAUUGUUUUUUCUGCGAAAGAUCACACGAAUAUAUUUUUCGUAUCCUUGACGAAAGUUCCUAGUCGGUAUGCACGUGUUAUCAGCUAGAUCCAUGACAUUAGGUAUACCGUUAUGUAAAAUAAGGCAUCCAUUCAUUCAUUAAGCAUGAACGAAUCUUGUAAGUUUUUGUUUAAACCUUACAACGGAUAAACUACGGUUUUUUCGCCCAGAUCCUCAUUGAAUAUUUAAAAGCCUUCACUCCUGUCAUAUUUGAAUCUGCCUAAUUUUUUUUAUUCAUUUUAGUGCUGAAGCGUACGGUCAGUAUGAAGAAUUUCUGUUCAGCAGAAUCAGCUAUCUGUACUGUCAGAAAAUAACGCGGUUGCA